CUGGAUGGGGCGUUUUGAGCGUUUCCCCUUUAUUUUUGUCGCCCCUUGACUGGGAGGCCCGGCGCGAGGCUCUGCGCCUCUGUCCUCGGCGCUCCCCAACCGCACGGACACCCUGACCCCCCUGCGUCCCCGCGGGGAUGGCCCGCCGGUGACCGCCGCACGCGGAAGCGGCCCUCGCCCCGGCGGCCGUGCGCCCACCUCCCCGCCGCCACCCUCCUCUUCCCCUACUCCGGGCUCUCUGGAAAGAGAGGAGACGCCGGGAAAAGAUGUGGCUGAAGCUGUUUUUCUUGCUCCUCUAUUUUCUGGUCCUCUUCGUCCUGGCCAGGUUUUUUGAGGCCAUUGUGUGGUACGAGACUGGCAUCUUUGCCACCCAGCUGGUGGACCCGGUGGCACUGAGCUUUAAGAAGCUCAAGACCAUCCUGGAGUGCCGCGGGCUGGGCUACUCCGGGCUGCCCGAGAAGAAGGAUGUUCGGGAGCUGGUGGAAAAGUCAGGUGACUUGAUGGAGGGUGAGCUCUAUUCUGCUCUCAAGGAAGAGGAGGCAUCUGAAUCUGUUUCUAGCACCAAUUUCAGUGGUGAAAUGCACUUCUAUGAGCUUGUAGAAGAUACAAAAGAUGGCAUCUGGCUUGUUCAGGUCAUAGCAAGUGACAGAAGUCCUUUGGUGGGUAAAAUUCACUGGGAGAAAAUGGUAAAAAAGGUGUCAAGAUUUGGAAUACGUACAGGCACUUUUAACUGUUCCAGUGAUCCCAGGUACUGCAGGAGAAGAGGCUGGGUACGAUCCACACUCAUUAUGUCUGUUCCACAAACAAGUACUUCUAAAGGGAAAGUCAUGCUUAAAGAGUAUAGUGGACGCAAGAUUGAAGUAGAGCACAUUUUUAAAUGGAUAACUGCUCAUGCAGCUUCUCGAAUCAAAACCAUUUAUAAUGCUGAACAUCUGAAAGAAGAAUGGAAUAAAAGUGAUCAGUAUUGGGUAAAAAUAUACCUGUUUGCAAACCUUGACCAACCACCAGCUUUCUUCUCUGCACUAAGUAUAAAAUUUACUGGAAGAGUUGAGUUUAUCUUUGUUAAUGUGGAAAACUGGGACAACAAGAGUUAUAUGACAGAUAUUGGCAUAUAUAACAUGCCAUCAUACAUACUUAGAACUCCUGAAGGAAUUUACAGAUAUGGAAAUCACACAGGUGAAUUUAUAUCCCUUCAGGCCAUGGAUUCAUUUUUGCGCUCAUUACAACCUGAAGUAAAUGAUCUGUUUGUUUUGAGUUUAGUUCUAGUUAAUCUUAUGGCUUGGAUGGACUUAUUUAUUACACAAGGAGCCACCAUCAAGAGAUUUGUGGUUCUCAUAAGCACUUUAGGGACAUAUAAUUCUCUAUUAAUUAUUUCCUGGCUACCUGUGUUGGGCUUUUUACAGCUCCCUUACUUAGAUAGCUUUUAUGAAUAUAGCUUAAAAUUGUUAAGAUAUUCCAAUACAACCACACUGGCUUCAUGGGUAAGGGCAGACUGGAUGUUUUAUUCAUCACACCCAGCCCUGUUUCUCAGUACAUAUCUUGGACACGGUUUACUAAUUGAUUACUUUGAGAAGAAGAGACGGCGCAGCAACAAUGAUGAAGUCAAUGCCAAUAACUUAGAGUGGCUGUCAAGUCUGUGGGACUGGUACACCAGCUACCUCUUCCACCCAAUUGCUUCUUUCCAGAACUUUCCUAUAGAAUCCGAUUGGGACGAAGACCCUGACUUGUUCUUGGAGCGGUUAGCUUUCCCUGACCUUUGGCUUCACCCUCUGAUACCAACUGAUUAUAUAAAAAACUUACCAAUGUGGCGAUUUCAAUAUCUUGGAGUCCAGUCUGAAGAGGAAAUGUCAGAGGGUUCUCAAGAUACUGAAAAUGACUCAGAUGGGGAGAACACAGACACUUUUAGCAGUGAGAAGGAAGUAUUUGAAGAAAAGCAAAGCGUACUUCACAAUUCUCCAGGAAGAGCAAGUCACUGUGAUGUUGAGGCUUGUUCAUGUGCCAAUAAAUACUGUCAGACCAACCCAUAUGAAAGGAAGGGGAGGUCUUACGGAUCCUAUAACACUAAUGAAGAUACGGAACCUGACUGGUUAACUUGGCCUGCUGAUAUGCUGCGCUGUACUGAAUGUGUUGUUUGCCUAGAGAAUUUUGAAAAUGGAUGCUUGCUAAUGGGAUUGCCUUGUGGUCAUGUGUUCCAUCAGAAUUGCAUUGUGAUGUGGUUGGCUGGGGGCCGACACUGUUGCCCUGUUUGCCGGUGGCCUUCUUAUAAGAAAAAGCAGCCAUAUGCACAACACCAGCCUUUGUCAAAUGAUGUCCCAUCUUAACCAUGUGCAAUUUUGUCCUUUAUAAGCUUUGAGUAUCUUACAGCUUGCCUUUUUAAUGUUAGUCAUAAUGUUUUUGGGUUUGAAAUUUAGUUUAAUGUUAGUGCAGUGACAGGAAAUACACAUUAUGCUAAUGUUGAUGACAAUUUAUUUGGUUGCCUUCUGUGUCAAUUGAAUGCAUACUUAAUUGUAAAAAAAUUUUAUUUACAACAUUGGAAAUUCAGAAGUUAAUGUUUUUUGUAAGCACAAAGAAGUAUGAUAGAAAUUUAUCCUAGCAAGACUUUACAAGGUAGGAUCAAAUUCUACGGGAAUGGAGCCGGUUUCUUAUCCUAAAUGUUUCCUCCCUUUUUUACAAUCUCUGUCCAGCACCUCUUGGUUAAAUAAUGUAUGCUCUGAGACAUGAAAUUAAAACAGACCUAUGAAAUAAAUUAUUUUAAAACCAGAAGAUUA